AUAUGUUAAUUUUUAGUUCAUUGAAUCACAACGGUUCCUACUCGACUCAAUAUGAAUCCGCCAAACAUGGAAGCAGAAAAAUACGAUGAAGUCGCUGCUGAUCCUCUCUCAUUUGCUAGAAGUUAUCAAGUGGAGGCACUUGAAAAGGCAAUCAAGCAGAACACAAUAGUGUUCUUGGAAACCGGUUCCGGCAAGACCAUGAUUUCCAUCAUGCUUCUACGCAGUUAUGCACAUCUCUUCCGCAAGCCUUCUCGAAAUUUUGCAGUCUUCCUAGUUCCCCAAGUUGUUUUAGUCACUCAACAAGCAGGAGCUGUAGAAAUGCACACCGACCUGAAAGUCGGUAAGUACUGGGGAGAUAUGGGAGUGGACUUCUGGGAUGCUGCAAUGUGGAAGCAACAAAUAAACAAACAUGAGGUAUGA